GAUGCAAAAUAGGAGAAAAUAAAAGAAGUAACUAACUUAAAUUAACACUGUAAAAGUUAUGCAAAGCCAUUAGCCAUUAAAACAUCCUUGCGCCUCGUUGAUCACGAUGCUGCAAAAAAAAAAAGGGAGUAAAGAAUUUGAAAAUGUUACAAAUAAACGGACCGCUCUCUCUCUCUCUGUUCGUUUGAAAUUCUGCAUACCCUAAAUCGCAGCAGAUUCGUUCUCUUCGUCUUCCGUUUAGAGCAGAGUCCUUGCUGUUUCUCUAUCAUCACUCUCUUCUUCUUAAUUUCUGCCAACUCUUUUGGGGAUUUUGGUUGGUGGGGAAAUUGUUUAGCUGUUGAUUUGGAGUUUCUCUAUCCGCUCAUCGGCAUCUUUGAGCAUGGCCAACACAAUUCUUCGCGGGCAGAUGAUUUUUCAGGACGAGAAUGCAUUGGCGGCCCUUGGAAAAAAGGCGGUUGCUGCUGGAAAAGGUAAGAGUUCACUCGCAGCUCCAAAGAAAAAUGGGGCGGGUUUCGGAAGCCGCAAGGCUCUCCAUGACAUUACAAACAAGUCAAAGUUGCAACCUCAAGCUUCAUCCACGACGAGGAAGGAUGUUGAGGGAGUGGAUUUUGACAUAGCAAAGGAAGGUUUCUUGCAUGAUCACAGCAAAUGCAUUGAAGAACAACAACAAGACCAGUGGGAUAGCUACUUCUCUGAACACAUCAUCCUGCAUGGACAUGAGACAAACAUCAAAGAAGGGGUUCCUCAAUACAAUAAUAUUCAAGAGAUUGAUGCUGAGAACAGCUGGGAUGAACUCAAAGAGAUACCAAUGGAGGAGUUUUCCGAUCUGCUGGAAUGCUCAACUCAAUGGCGCUCACCACCAGACUCACUAAGCCAUCACCAUUCUUCGUUACCUUCAUCGCCUUUGCCAUGGCAUUUUGAAACUGUAGAAUUCAAGCUCAAGGAGGAUGAAGACACCACUUGA